CGCAGAUGACAAAGCGUAAAACCCGGAACGAAGCCUUGAUGGUAUAAGAAGGAAAGAUUCAACGCGAGAGAUUCAGUUGAAUACGAACUACUGUCGAGAUAGUGUCUCAUUUCUUUCGUUUUCACAGUUAAACUAAAUACUUACAUCAAGCAAAAUGUCGAAGUUCAUGAUGUUUGCAUUGGUUUUCUUAUUGACCACAACUCUUAUCUCAGCAGCUAGCAAAGACAGAUGUGGUAGACAUGGUGAUUCGUGCAUUACUGUUUCGGAUUGUUGUCCAGUAAAGCAAAUGGCUUGCAACCGUUUUGCCCACAGAUGCCAAAUUCAAAUUACCGAGGACGAAUUGAUGGCUCAACGAGAGAAAAUCCUCGGACGUAGAGGAAAAGACUAUUAACGUUAAAGAUCAACUCUAACCAUGACAAAAAUUCUAUAAAUAUACAAUCUAAAUUUUUUCAACGAUCUGUCCUAAUUCAAUAGACUGAUGACUUUUAUUUGUAAAUGUUUUUUGCUUUUGUCAAGCAAAUUUUUUAAAAAGUAUAUUAAGUAAUAAAUUUAUAAUUGAAACGAAAAUAA